AAACAAGUUGAAGUUCUUGCCACUUUUGUCACAAGGUGCUUAUUCUGGCAGGUGAAUUGCAAGUGUUUAUGAAGCCUUCCUUUUCUCCGAAUCGCGUGACGAUCGAUGCAAACAGCGGGCGGCCGCGCUUCGAUGACGAUGGAGACGUGGUACUGCGUGCGCUGUCGCUCUCGCCCGGCGUCAGCAGACGCCCAUUCGAUGCCACGCCGACGACUUCAUCUUGUUCCGGACUGCACCUGCUGCUCCAGGGCUUCGUCCACGCCGUUUUAUCCGGUGUCGUCGUCUCUAUUGUGCUGUGCCCUGUUAUGAUUGGCUUCGCGACCAUGAUCUUCAGUCACCCAGACUUCUCGGGCACCCUCCCCAUGCUCACUAAGCUCGUCUUCGCUUCCAGUACAAUGCACCAACUCGUGAUCACAAGUCUCUCUCCUCUACCCUUCGCCAUUGGUCAAGUACAAGACACAGGGAUGAUCUUUCUGGGCAGUAUGGCCUCGUCCAUUAUGACGGAACUCUCGGCUGUACCGCUGACAGAGCGGAUCGCCACUGUCCUGGUUCAUCUGAGUAUCAGCACAAUGUUAGUGGGUGUUGGACUCAUCCUAACAGGAAAAGCGCGCCUGGCUUCACUUGUCCAGUACCUUCCGACUCCCGUUAUCGGCGGAUACUUAGCUUACGUGGGCUUCUUUAUGGUGAAAGGUGGCAUUUCUCUUACUACCGGCGUGAGUCUUGCCUCUGUACAUGGCUGGGGUGUGCUUCUGAGUUCUCCCCGCAGCUUGAUACUACUAGCUCCGGGUCUAAUCGGUGGAAUCAUGUUGGCCAUUCUUACCUCACGCUUUCGACACUUCGCUGUAUUUCCCUGCUGUAUUCUAGUACUCCCUGCAAGCUUCUUCUUCGUCGUUUGGAUAUCCAGUUACACUCUAAAUGAUGCACGUGCUGCGGGGUUUCUUGAAGAUGAUGCUGCUAGUGUUCCAGUGAUGCAAGUGUACGAGUUGUUUGACUUCAACCACAUCCACUGGAAUGUCAUGCCUGCUCAAGUCCCAACAAUGCUCAGUAUGUUCGUCAUGAUCGCGUUUGCUUCGUCGCUGGAUAUUGCCUCUAUCUGUAUGGGAACCACCAGCAGUAUGAACUACAACGCGCAGCUACAGACAGUGGGCAUGUCCAACCUUGUAAGUGGACUCACAGGCGGGUAUACGGGCUCAUAUAUCUUCAGUCAGACGUUGUUUACUUCCCGUUUUCGACCGAGUGCAGCGGCUGAGUCACGUUUUCCUGGAAUCACAAGGUUAGUUGGAGUUACUCUCGCUCUCUGUGAGUUCUCCAUUGUUAUGACUCCCAUCUCUUUGAUGGCAAUUGUGCCCAAGUUCCUGUUUGGCGCUGUCAUGAUAUUUAUUGGUAUCGACUUGCUCAAGACUUGGCUCUUGGGUGUUUUCCACAAGCUUCUUUUCGCUGAAUACCUGACUGUGGUUGGUACUUUUUGCUGUUUGAACAUUUUUGGGGUUCAACUGGGAUUGGCCACGGGCAUUACGCUCGCAGCAGCGAGUUUCCUCGUGGAGUACGCAAAGGCUCAAGACGUUCGAAUUGUACACAAAACUAGCAACGUUAUCCGCAAUGCAGACCAGCAUGCAUUGCUUUAUGGUGCGAGUUCAGUGUCCGGCGACGCUGAUCGUAGCGAGUCUCGACAGCAGGAUGCGAUUGUUACCAUUGAGUUACAAGGUCAUAUCUUCUUUGGAUCGGCCACUCGGAUUCAAAACUGCGUCAAAAGUGCAGUUUACAUUCGAUCAGAGGGUAGAGAGAACGCUGCUAGAUCCGCUAGUAUGGGGCAAAUUCACGCGAGCGAGGAGACUGAGACUUGGCCACUGUUAUCUGUUAGACGAGAGCCAAGAUCUGGAUAUGCAACCGACGCCCAUGUCUCGGUGCCAUCUCCUCUUGUGAAUCUCCAUGGAGAACCAUGUACUGACCCUGACAGGAAACCUACGAGGUUUGUUGUUCUGGAUUUCUCUCGAGUAAGUGGGAUGGAUGCGACUGCGGCGCGUUCGUGUUUCUUGGUGCUCAAGCUUUCAUUCAGUCUUAGUAAAGUUUGUGCGGUGUACUGCGGGAUGAGACCCAGCGUCGAAUUUCUUCUGAGAGCCAACGAUGUCAUUCCCGAUGCUCAAACACAAGAAGAGGUCAUCCAAGUCGAGACCAGGCAGAGAGAAUGCUACGUCGCAUCGGACUUGGAUCUAGCACUCGAUUGGUGUGAGCAACAGCUUAUCCUGUCAGCAGCAAAAUGGCGUUCAAUUCGUUCAGGACAGCACUUAAUUCUAUCGUCAUUAAAGUCAUCCGCUCUGCCACUAGCACAAGUUUUUGCGGCGUACUUGUCGGAUACUCGAAAAGGCGAUCCAGCGACGCUACAACACUUGGAAGAACUUGCUCAGUUAUUCAAUGUGAGUGAAUGGGAAACUCAGAAGAAUCUUUUCCAGGUCGGUGAGAGAUCCAACGCGUGGUUUGUAUUGCUGCGAGGAACGGUCGAAUUACUGACAAUUCCAACGGAGGCUACACUGGCGUCUUACUCUCCAAAAUCUGAGCAGGCAGAGCCCACCAGGUUUCAGGACUCAUUCAAUACUUUAAACAACCACAAAAACCAGCCGUCCACCCAGAGGGAACUCGUGGGACGUGUCCGACCUGGCUGUAUCUUUGGAGACAUGGAUUUUAUGCUGGAGCAGCCGCGUGUAAUGGACGCCACAUCCACCGCAGCGGACACGCUUACCUGUUCAUUCACACGGAAGGAGAUGGUCGAGUUACGUGAUAAUCACCCCGAGUUGGCUCUACUUCUUCAUGAAAUUCUGUUGAGAGCCUCGUACAUGACUUUGGCGGAGAAACUUCAUUCGCUUGCUAUUUAAGUUUGUUUUUUUACUUGCGGUGACGUCGGCGGUGAAGAAUUUCGAGAACCUACCAGAAAAUGUUACGAAUGUUAGUACGGCACACAUUGUCCGAGCAGUGGAUAAAUAACUUACCCCAUCCGAACCUACAGCAUCUUCUAGUUGGUUUUCCAUUUCCGAUCGCAUCAAGGCCGAUUUCAGAACACUGCAAACGUGUUCCUCGACUUCUUCCACUCGUUUAUCCUUUGAUUUUCUUUGCAGAUCGAAGAUAGUUCUAUUGGAAGCUGAACGUGAUCCCAGUCGACUUGGUGGCGCAUGAGAUACUCGACAAGGAGAUUGGUGUGC